UAUACAUGUGUGAAAGUUUUCAAGCCCAAAAAUACCUCUCAGUCUCAAGCUGCAACUCCCCAGGAUAAGCCAGACGCUUCAGGACAGGAGAAACCAUGGCUGGGCAGGACCAUGCAGAUUGGGCCUGGCAUUAUUGGGGCCCUUGCAGCAGGUAAUUCAUCCACACCACCAGAACAAAAUAUUCCUUCAAAAGCCACUGUACUGAAGUUGUUGCCAGCUGCUAACCCAAAUGCACCCAAAGUUUAUGUCCCAGUUUCUUCUACGUUAGAAAGAUUGGAAAAAGGGGCAGAAGCUCUGCCUAAGUUCACACCACCCAAGUCAGCAGCACAACAAGGUGUACCCUCAGUUGCUGCAACAGUUCAACAGUCAGCCCCAGCACAUACAUCAUCACAUGGCAAUACCCCAACAGCAACCGCCAUUAGUGUCGCAUCAAGUACAAAGCCUCCACAGGUCAGCACAAAACCAGGGCAUCCCAGAAAGAUACCAGUGGUCACUGUUCCACAGUAUCCACAAAGUCAGCUUAUUCUUAUUGAACAGAAAACAACCAACCCUUCCCCUGGUCCUGGAAAACAGACACAGCAGAUCGUGCAUUCUCCUAAACUUGUUGAAAUAAUCUCCACUUGCAACUGGGACAGUGCCAGAAACCUUAUUCUUAAGAUGAUAGCUCAACAAAGUCAGAGUCUCACUCUGCCUCGUGUUUUCCAAGUUGCUGACUUCUUUGUUGAGGUUAUGGGCCCAAGUCAGGAGAGAAGGAUCUACAAUCUUCCUGCGAAUCUUCUUCAGACUUUGCCUCCAAGAAUACAGAGUGCGAGAGUGAAGAUUUGGAAGCAAGCCCCAUUGAAGGCUGGUAAACCCAUAAUUAUAGUCCCACCUCCAACACCCCAGGCUGAAGUAAAAGCGACACCCAAUCCAGAUGAUGCUGUACAAAACCAAGCUGUUCCAAUGAUGGGACAGGCUUCAGAGGCAGACCAGCAGGCCGAUGCUGCACAAAAGGAAGUGCCCACUGCUAAAAACAUACAAGUGAAAUUGACUGCAGAACAGGCAAAACAAAAACUCAGUAAGUCAACAGCUGUGAGUAAAGAGGCAAAGCUUAGCACCCUACAAGAAGAUGUUCCUGAUGUACCUUCAGAGGGGGAUGUGUCAGCUGUUGGUAAUGUUUUGGAUAAGAGUCCGACAUCAAACAGUAACAGUCAACCCCCAACCCCUGAAAAAUCAGAAAUCUCGACAGUUGAAAGUGAAAUAGAAUGUUCAGCACCAGGGAGAGAUGACGUGGAUGUCUCUGGUGCUGAAAGUUCUGUUGAUACACCCAAUACAGCUACAGGUCCAACAGCAUCUUCUAAAACUGUACCUGAUAAGGCAUCUGCAUCUUCAGAAGUACAAGGAGCACUUUCAGAUGACAUGGCAACACCAGCCAGAUCUUUAGGUACUCCUUUGAUUCCAGAGAAAUCAUCAGGAGAAAGAGGGGAAUCAGAAACAUUAACACAUGAUGAAAGUGAAGGUGCAAAAGAGGAAGUCAUGGCAACAGAAGGAGCAGACAAAUGUGAAAGGCAAGAGGCAGCCCAGUCAUCAGGUAGCUACCAUUCAGAUGACACUCCAACAUCAACCAAAAUUGUGACGACAACUGCAGUUGCAAACCAUGAUGAAGGAAAAUCUGUGUCCACCAAACCAGUAACCCCAACCAGGCUGUCAAUAUCAUCUGACUCUGCAUUUCAUGUUCCCAGCACAAAAAGUGAAGGAAAACUGGCCUCUUUAUUGUCUGAUGAUGUAAAGGAAAAACAAUCACUCUCAAAGGAAGCAAUUGCAGAGGACAAAGAACUAAAGCAACCCAUGGACGAGAACACCACUGAGAACAAUGCCUCUUUGGAAACCACUGAGGAAGGAAAUAUCCUAUCAGACAUUGAUGCAACUCUACAGAAGCAAUCCCAAAGUCAAGUAGAAAUGAAAUCUUUGGACCCGCCAGAAAAUCUUGCUUCUAGUCCCAUUGGAGAUGCUGAUGAUGUUGCAAGGGAGACUGAGGCAGGUGAAGCAAAACUUGACACACAAGAAAGGGAAGAGGAUACUGAAGACAGUAAAAGUGCAGUAGUACAAGAGAAGUUACCUUGUAUCCAGCAGAAAGAUGUGACUGAAGGUGUGUCUGUAGAUUCUGGAGACAAAGAACAGGAAUCUGCCAGCCAGACAGGCCAUAACAAAGAUGCAGACAGCAUAGUGGACAAUGAUUUGGACCAUAACCCAAGUACAACAGUGACUAGACAAACGGACAGUUCUCAAGAGAACCAGUCAGCUAAGGUGUUGACAUCAGGUACAUUCAUUCCUGAAAACCCUCUGGACAGUCUCAUCACAAGGGUUGCUGCCUCAAUAGCAUCAGCAGAAAAGGCAGGUAAUGUUGAUCCUGCCAAAAGAGUAACCUCGACUGGUACAUUUGUUCCUGAGAAUCCACUUCUUGAAGCUGAUGAGUCAGAGUCAUCUGAAGAAAGUGACGAUGGCACCUCAUCCAGUGACAGUUCCUCCAGGAAAGGAGACUUGUCAAGUGAAGAAGAUUCUGCUGAAGCUGUAGAUGAGUCUCCUGAAACUCCUGUAGAUUCAACAUCAGUAGAGGAAUCCAAGGAAGUUUCAGAGCCAAAGGUUGAUACUGCUGAUGACAAGGCACUGGGCACUGCUGAUGACAAGGCAAUAGAUCAGUCAGAUAAUAGAAUAAUGGAAAUGGUUCCAAAGGAAAGCAGUAAGGAGAGCGAAGACUCCACGGGUGGCAGUCAUGCUGCUGAAAAGCCUGAGAAAACUGAAUCCCCUAAGAAGAUUGCCACAUCAGGGAUAUUUGUGCCAACUGUUGCCACUGAUGAGCAAAAUCAAUGGCUGGAAAACCAAGCUACACACACAAGUACAGACCAACAUCAUGAGACUAUCCCUAAAGAGCAAAACAAAGUCAAAGUCAAAGAAGGUGAAGAAGCCUUGUCAAACGAUCAAGGUGAAAAUGGUGAAGAUAGUCAGGAUGAAGUUUUAGUUGCCAGCUCAGAAGAAGACAAUGUAGAUGUUGAUGGGCUUCAAGCUCCUUCUUCAGUUCAAAAACGGAAAGCGGACACUGAUCUUGUGGACAUAGUCGAUGACGAUGAAGAAGACGACACUCCUGCAGCAGUGAAACUUCGCUUGAGCAUUGCAGCAAGUGGUGAAGUGAUAAAUCCACAGUGUUCUGUGCACAGUCUGAAGGCAAAGAAAAAGAGAAAGUCAGUUAUGGAAGAAUUUGAACCAGAUGAUGUUGAGUUCAUUGAAAAGGGAAGAGAGGAACUGAUGGCUGAAGCAGCAGAGGCAAAAAAAACCCUACUGGACAGAAGGCUUGGGGUCAGCCGACUGCUACAUAUCUCCAAUGAGAGGAGAAGGAGAAAAGAGAUUAAGGAUCUGUUCGGUAACUUAAAAGCCCUGCUGGGGAUCCCGAGGGAAGAUGACAGGGUUGCUAAUAUCCAUGUUCUUAGAAAGAGCAAAGAAGUGAUUGACAAGUUGAAAAGGGAUGAAAAUCGGCUGACGGAUGUCAAACUACAUCUACUUUCUCAGCGGGAGAAGCUCAUCAAGAGAAUAGCAAGCAGCCCACAAUCAAUGCAUAGUGAAGCAGAGCUGCAUAACAAGUUCAUGCUACCCUCAGAGGAACCUGGCUUCUUUGAUGACAAAUCAAUGAGUUGUGAUAUAGGAGGCACAAAGACUGACUCAGAGAGCAAAUAUGACAGCAGGUCUGAAAGAACAGAACGACCUCCAAAAAUCACCUUGCCUCAGUUUAGUCAGAUUGCUUCCAUCUCGAAAAGAACAGACAGACCCCCAAGAGUCGCUGAGCCUCAAUUCAGUCCGAUUGCCUCCAGCUCCAAAAGAAAAGAAAGCCCUCCAAAACUUAGCCAGAAUCAGUCAGAUUCGUUGCACGUGAUUCCUGAUGCCUCACAAGAAGAAUCAUCUGUACUGCAACAGGAGUUUCUCAAACAGUUGGAUAGACUUAAAAAAGGGGAAGAGCUACCAGAGCCGGAAGUAGAGACAGAGGACAAAAUGAUGAAGACAGCUGUGAAAGAUACAGCACACCCGGAGAUGGAGAUAGACACCCCCAGAGCAAAACCUGUGGAAAAGGAAACACAGGACACAAAUAAGCGGAAACUUAAUGAAGAAGAUGGUACCAAACGAACAGAUGCACAGGGCGGGAGACUAAGAAAGAAGGCCAGAAAGAGUACUUUUAGGAAGACCAAUGUUAACAAGAGGACCAUUACUCCACAGCAACUGAGUAACCUGGAACAGACUCACCCAAGCAGGAACAACGAUACACCUAGCCCUGGUAAGGACAUUGCAAAGUCACAGGAUCUCCCUGAUUCUCACGUUAAGACUGCUAGCAGUAAGGAAGACAAUUCACCUGCCCCGGACUCAAGCAGGCCCAGCAAGAGUUCAGCUGAAGGAACCUCAUCGCCAGGAAUUCAGACCUUCAAAAUCCAGGGUGGACUUGUGAAGAGCCUGACAACCCUUGCAGCAGCAGGGGCCAAGAAACCUAACAUCCUCAGGACCACCCGACCACAGACUCCAACGCAGUCUCAAGAGACAACAGACUCUACUAAUAUGAAGGGUGGCAGUGUUACUACCAGUACCAGCUGUGUAAAGAUGAGUGCCAGUGGGAUAGAGAUAGUCCCAGCAGGUGCUCCCAAGGCUGCCACCAUCACAAACGUGCCCAUCCUCCAGCUCUCCAGCAAUGCUCCCCGGGGACAGCCCAUCUUCCUGGAGAACUGUGACUUCCUCCCUGCUGGUGGCGUCAUCGCGGUACCCAUCCAGGGGGCCUCCAGCUCCACAACACCUGCCCAGGGUGUGGCACAUCCCAUCACAACAGCGGGGCAAGUUCACCUGACAAGCACUAAGACCAUUUCAGAUCUAGUGCCAGCAAUGAGUACAGUCGGAAAUGCUGGGUUUAAACAGGCAAUAAAAGUGGUAUCCGUUGCUUCAUCCCCUAUACUGAGUAGCAGUUCAGUGGCCUCUCAGAAGGAACCAGCAACUUCCAACACGGCCAUUAAAUUUAUUCAAGUUGGUAGCAGCAAAGGUAUAGGGCAAGCAAUGAGGUUCAGUGUUCUUGACAAAAAAACUAGCCUGGCUACACCUGUGGCAAUGGUAUCUUCUGUGACAUCUACCACCGCGGUUACUUCCGUCUCCCCAUCUGCGACAAAGUCUAUCCCAGCAAUCACAAUGAAACCACUUUCAGUAAAAGAAUGCCAAGUGAUGAAGAGCCCACCACGGGUAGUCACUUUGCCAGUGGGCACCGUGUUCAGUAGCAAAGUCCAGGGACAGGUACAUGUACCACGUACAGGGCCGAUCAAACUGGCUCCUGGUCCAGCUCCAGCCAAACUGGCCCCAGCUCCAGCCAAACUGGCUCCCGCUCCAGCCAAACUGGCUCCCGCCCCAGCCAAACUUGCCCCCGCCCCAGCCAAAAUUGCCCCCGCCCCAACCAAAAUUGCCCCCGCCCCAACCAAAAUUGCCCCAGCCAAACCAGCCCCAGCGCCUAAGGAGGACGUGACCCCAGUGAAAGAAGAUCUUUCCCGAUGGACGACGUUACAAAUGGAACAAGAUGAUGAGUCAGGAUUUCUGACAGCGAAAAUGAAGCUGAAGGGGGCUGGGAUGCCCAGGACAAGAAAUGGGCCCAGAGCAAGUCCAACAGCAUGUCUGGAGGGAGCAACAAGUGGAGUAGUGUCAGAAUGCAAAAAGCCCAACGCUGGGACCCAGCACUUGUAUAGUGGUACACUCUCCCCAACAGCAGUAUUACAGAAAAUAGAUGGACGCAAAAAUGUGGAUACAACAGUAGAGUCUGAGGAUUCAUCCAACAGUAGUGCAUCAAAAGCAACAGAAGCAGACCAGUUGCAAACUGGUGAAAAAGGAGAUAGCAAGUCCACGGGUACCCACUCAGCUGCCAAAAGUGACGUAACAGAACAAGAGGAAGUCAGCACUGCAUAAGGAAAAUCAUAGAUUAAUUGAUGAGGUGAGUGUUGAGAUCAAUAGGUCCAACCAAGCCGAUGAUUUCUUCCUUGGUUUUAUACGUGAACUCACUUUUCAUAUACAUGUACAGUGAAAGUGAUUUAUUUAAUCAUGGUAUUACCUUUCGUUGUAUCUGCCCCAUGGAUCUUCUGCUAUUCCUCUGAAUUGUUGGAUCAGAAAAAGACUUGCCAAAGUCAAUACUAGUAUGUUGACAUAUCUUAUUGACAUGAUAUAAAUUCUCCAAUGUGGAAAGUGAAAUAAUUAUUUGGUACAGCAAUGUGCACAUAAUCUGUAUAAUGUUACCUUCCUUUUGAAGACAAUUAUGUUUGGCAGAGGUUUGCAAAGUGAUGAUAUGGCACAGGAUUUGUGCCAAAAGAUUUUGUUCUCUUUUGUUUGUAUAGGUUGGUCUUGCUUACUUCUGUUACAUUUCAGUAUUAUGUACUUUGUUCAAAGUCUUUACCUAGCAAGGAAAGCAAUUUGUUUUUCACCCAAGAUUAUUUAAUAUGCAGAUGGUGUGAUCUAAAUUUAGUUCUAUCAAUAUUAUUGCUAAUACGUUUAAUCAUUUCAUUGUAAGUAGAGCUUUGCUUGCAAAUAUAAUUUAAGCAAAUUAUUGUAAUGUCAGAUUUCAAAUGAUAAUGUUUAGAGUGCUCUAAGUGCCAUAGAGACAAGUAUAUUGUAUACUUAAUAAUCUUGUCUUCAAAAUGCCUGUUUAAUAUGAUAUUUUUGUUGUCAGGACUGUGUUAAGUACAAGUGCUUUAGAAAAUAUGCUUAUGUUUGAAGUGCCUUAUAGUAGGAAAAUAGCAUUAACUACCAGAGGCGAGGAUAAGAUUUCAAUUGUGGCAGAAUCAUUUAUUUGUACAGGAGGGUAUUACUGAAGAUCUUGCAAUUUGACCAGAAAAAAAAAAGGUUUCAGUCAAUUGUGCUGGUAUGGCAAAGAAAGAAUAUUAAAAUGUAUAUCUGUAUAAUAGAAGAUAUUUGCAUAAUCAUCUUGAGUGCUGAAGUUAAGAGUCAAGAAUUUGAAUAAUAUGGAGUAGUAGAUAAUGAAUGAAAAAUGUUAAAGCUACUUCUCUAUCUGGUUUGCAUCAAAAUGCACUCUCAGUAGCUAGAGGGGUAAGCCACACCAAAAGGUAUGGGCUGUCCCUGCAACGUCAAAACAAGGAGGCUAUAAGUAUAAUCUCUUUGAUCAAAAGUAACUUCUCAUAUCUGUUGAUAAACUAUUUGGCAUUCUUGAUGUACACGGUUAAGUAUUUUUGUAGGAUGAAUGUAUAAACAAUGUAAAACAAGUGAAAACAUGUAAAAUAUUUGACAUAAUAAUGGUAAGAAUGAUGGUUAUGAUAAACAAUGAAUAGGGUAGAUAGUAUAAAACUACAUGUGUCCCUUUCAUGGGGUGUUUUGAAAUUGCUGCAAAGUACUACAACAUAAAGCUGGAAAACUGAUGUUGACCAGCAUGUUAUCAACAUAUAUAAUCAAUAAUGAUGGCUGAGACACAUGAUUUUACCAUGCCUUCCUUCAUUUGCCUUUACGGUUUACCUACCAAUUAAGCUGCAACAAUUGACACUGCCUUCCAAGCACUUGUAAAAUAAAGUAUAGUAUUUUUGUGGA